AUGCUAGGACCGCUUACUGCCAUAGGAAAACGAAAUGCAGGUGAUACUGGAAACAGUUCAUUUGACCAUAAGACGGGUGCUGCUGCCGUCGUCAGGAAACUGAAGGUCGUUCUCAGCGCAGACCGUCGCCAUGCGUGGCACUUGGUCGUCAUUGACCGCUUUUACUCUUCAGUACUCCUCGCUAUCGAGCUUCUCGGAAUGAGCGUGUACGUAUUGGGCACUAUUAUGACGGACAGACUUGGCUUCGACAAGAACGUCAAAGCGCCUUCCCUGCAGACGCCAUGGCCCUCCAGUCCAGCCCGCUUUCUAUCGACCGCAUUCCCGCAGACGUCCGCUUCUACUACGACAUAUCGGUCGUCGACGGCGAGGUCUCGUAGACGUCUGCGUCAGCGGAGCGGCUGUUCAGCAGCGCAAAACACGUUCUUUCGUUUCACCAGAAAGCGCCUGACACCCGUCAACUUCGAGAAAAUCUUGUUCUCAAGCGCGAUGAAGGAUGCCGGUGGCAGUAGCAGCAAGGCUGUCUACUACGAAGAAGACCCCGGCGUUAUACUGGCUGAGCGCGGGCAGAGCAUUUCCGCUCGAUGGGCAGAGUUUGUAAGUGACGAAUUUCCAGAUCCCCUAGUUAUCUACGUUGACAACUUGAAGUGCCACGUGACUAAGGACGCGCAGGAAGCAUUUGCUUCGUGGGGGACCGAGCUCGUGGCCCUGCCUGAGAAUACGACUGCUGUGCUACAGCCUCUGGACGUGGGUGUCAUGGGGCCAUUCAAGAAGAAGCUACGGUCUCUGACGCUAUCCUACGACUUAGCCUCCAUCCAGAGUAAUGUGACGUUGCCUCUAAGAGAGAGACUGCUAGCGCUCAAGCGCAUGUCUGCGGACGAGAAGAGAAAACUGCUUGUAGAUCGCGUAGUGACAGCUUGGGCAGCUAUUGACGAGCGCUGCAUUAAGCGAGCCUGGGAGAAGUCUGGACUGUAA